AUGACGGAGUCUCCUGUCGAGAUUGGCAGACAAGUCUCAGGAGGGAGAGGGAGGGCUGAGGAAAUACAGACAUUGAAAGUUGUUUUUAGUCAAGCCGGAAAGCCUAUGAAGUACUAUCCCUCAGGCCAUCUAGCUAUCUGCCAAAGCUAUUCUAACCUCCCUGCCGGAGGUGUGUACACCAACAUAUUCAGUGAUUCACUGGAUCGGGAUGUGCUUGGGACCUUCACUCCUUUUGGUUGCGGCAGUGUCUCCUUUCCUCGCAGUCAAAUAAUAGCAAUGAUGUUUAAUCGGUGGGGAGGUGUCCUGACUAGUAGAAGAGGAGAAACUGUGAGAGAAUGGAAAUGGCCUCGAGUGGGAAAGCUUGAUGAUCCGGUUUUCAUUCAGGUUAAUAAAUAUAUCACUGUGAAGAUUGCAGGGCGAUUUGCUGUCGAUUUGUUCUACAAGUGGCAGGAGGUCAGCUUAAAGCUGUCCUUGGCACCAGCUCAAGAUUCAGCUGCUCCAUGCUUCGAAGUGGACCAGGUAGUCUCCAGUGUUAAAUUUAUACCUAAAUCAGUUAAGGAAGUACACAAACUUAACAGAAAGAAAUUAACAGAAAAAGAAGCGAAGAAGCCUACUAACAAAGAGUCAUCAGACCAUUCAGUACUGGUGAAGACAGAGAGACCAGAAGUGUAUGGAAGCCUUGCAAAUGACUGCAGUGCCAUAAGAGAAUUAAGAAAGUUACAAAAAAAAAUCAGGAACAUUGUCGAUGACUGGAGCAGAUACUAUCGCCUGGCAUUUGGCAUAGGAUCCCCUCAGAUUUCCCGAAUGCCUGACGUCCCACAAGGAAUUCUUAGAAAACGCAAAGUCCAAACAGUAAGAGCGCUGCCACCUGCACCGAUGGUACAAAAUGAAGAAGAAAAAAUUGGAGACACUGAGGUUCCUGAAACAGGGAACUCCCUCCGACAACCGAUGGACUGCUUCCAACCAGCAUCUGCUCGGAAUAUGUCAAUGGAGACCAGCACCAGAUCUCAUUCCCUCAGAGUUUCCUCUCUCACGAAGAGCAGUACCAAGCCAGAUCACUUAACUAUGCCUCAGACAACUAUAACUAAGUCCACAUCUCAAUUCCAGAGCUCUUGGAUUUCAGGGCUUCCUCUUUCCUAUGACAACGAGAAGUUUUGGUUCACCUCUCACCUGACCUGUCCAGUGGUACUCCGCAGAACGUUAAGAGGAGAGGCAGGGAAGACAUGCAAAUGCAGCAAUCAGCAGAUUCCAUAUGUGACAGACCUGGAAUAUGAUCACAUUAUUCAUAACCAGAUGUCCUCCCCAGAACAGAUCACUGUCAUCUGUCUACUGGCCCCUUUUCAAACAGAAGAAGAUGUAAUGGAAGAUGAGGUAGAAGAGCUAUAUAGGCGGAAGAACAAAACCAGAAACAUGCCCUGCAUGCAGAGCCGCCUGGAUUCUUUUCGUUUGCUCAAAUAUAUCAUCUAUCCUGCAGAUGAAUUCAGAGGUCAGAAGGGCUCACUCCUGGUCCAGAGACACAAUGCUGCUCCAGGCAUGUUUUUGAUGUACAUUCAGGGAAGACUGUUAUUCGCUAAUUAUAUCUUCAACGGUUAUAGUACAUCAGCUAAAGACCUUCAGAAACAAAUUGUGAAGUCGAGGAGUGAUUAUAAAACGGGUUUCUGCCUGCCUGAUGAUUUCAGAUUCAGCAGUCAUGCGGACGACUUUACAUUGGCUUCCAGUUAAACAAGUUCAUGUCACAAAUACUUUAAGACAAAAUCGUGAAGACAAUAACCAAUGAACACAAAGUAUCUUCACGCUGCUUCAUUCAGAACACAAAGCCAGUGGUCAGUCAACUGACAGAUUACAACUUCUCCUCUUGGCAACCUGCCGUCAUCUUUUGGAGAAGAUCUCCAUUUUUCUUUCAUUACCACUGUAUAUUUCUAAAAGACUUAGCCUACAGUGAACGUGAAUAAAAACAAAAGCUGCAACUGGAGUUUAAGAACAUACGAUUAUACUAAGGAAGGAAGACAGCAUUAAAGCUCACAGGGCAAGCUUCUGCUGGGACAAAGGAGAGCAGUUCCAUUUCAGUAACUUUUAGCCACCAAGUUCCAGCUGCUAAAUGAAGCAGAUGGAAGUAUAUACACCGUAUAAAGCCUCGCGAAUGAAGAUAUAGUCAUUUCUGCCACAAUUUGCGUUUUCACUAUGCAUUUUGGCAAAACGAAGGGAUGUUCUUCCAACCACAUGCGUGUCCGGGUACCGCACCCCAGGUUAUCGGAAGUAAUGGUGUGUUCGUGUGUGCGCAUACACACACAUAGGACGUGGGGUGAGAACGACACUGUAAGUUUCCUUUAAUGCAGUCUCCACAUUAUAGGACAACCAGGCAGGUAUGCAGAUUUUCUGUGAUAUUAGUCAUUGAUCACCCUGAAAUCAGAAUAUCUUAUUUAAACUCAAUAUGGCUACCUACUGCCCUAUGAAAGAUACUGCCAGCCAGGGCAUCCAGUUCUUGGAAAGCCCCCGGUAAUUCAAAUUUGUUUCCUUCUUUUUUUGACCUGCAAGCAUUUCAAAUAAAAUCACUUGCUCAAGAAAGAUUCCAAUUCAGCCUUCCAGAAAAUGGAUCCUUCUGAAUCCAGGCUUUCCUUCGGCUCCUUUGGAAGGACUAAUUUUGAUCCUGGCAGGGCCUCCAAUUGCAGAACUUCAAGGAAGGGUUAGAAAUGAACAGCAAUAACUUGGCACCCAUGCAAGUGUUCUUGAAUCUAAAGCCCUAGAAUAUAAAUUAUCAAACACCCGAAACUGGUGUCCAGCAUUCAGCACUGCUGGAGAAUUGAAGUAAAUUUUAUUGGUCUCAUUAGGAAUUUAAGAACUUUUUUUUAAUAAAAAGAUAAACUGCCCAACUAAAAUGACUGGCAAAACAAAAAGAAUCAUGAGUUAACUUGUUCUCAUGCUUUUAAAAAGUGAGAGAAUACAAAGCCUUAGAUUCAUACACUUACAAAAGUACAGUUCAAUUGAAGGUUUUUUCUAACAAAUAUGGACAAGAUUAUCUAAUAUUUCAGAGACACGCCAUAUGUGGCUUAGUUUUAAAUACCUACAACAGCCAUCUAAAUUUAAUUAUAUCAAUGUUGUGAACAAUAGGUACAUUUAUGAAACUGGCUGUAACUGGGAAAAAUUAAAUAUUCCCAAGCAUUCUUCCCCAAUUGCCUAUUUAUCUCAUGUCACAAAACUGAAAAAAAAAUUGACCUGUCAAUUUCAAACCUCCUUUUUAACCAAAUUUUGCUUUUGUAUUUAAUAUAAAAAAUUUAUGGGAUUUAACGUCUAUUCACUAAAAUAGUGCAAAAUUGGUUACUUAAA